AUGACCCCAUCUGGCAGACCUGCGAAAACCAGAGCCCUCCCCAAUCCCGACCGCUUCGCCGUCAAUCUCCAGAAAUCUUAUUCUUCAUCCUUUCAAACAGAAGCUACUCUAGGAAAUGAUGAGAAGCUGAGGAUUGUGAUGGUGGGGAAGACUGGGAUCGGGAAGAGUUCCACAGGAAACACCAUUCUUGGGCGUAGAUGCUUUGAAUCAAAGUUCAGCGCCAAAUCUAUAACUGAUAAGUGCUUUAAGGAAGAGGCUGAAGUGGAUGGCCAAAAGGUUGCUGUUAUUGACACCCCAGGUCUCUUUGACACCAGGUGGGCCCAGGAUAAAACACAUAAAGACAUAAAGCAGUGCAUCCACUAUUCUUCACCUGGACCCCAUGUCUUCCUGUUUGUCAUCAGGCUGGGCAGAUUCACAGAAGAAGAAAAGCAGUCAGUGCAGAAGAUCAGAGAAAUAUUUGGCCAGGAUGCAGACAAGUACAGCAUGGUUCUCUUUACUCAUGGCGACCUUCUUAAAGACACCAGUAUAGAGGAGUUUAUGGAGGAGAGCCCAGACCUGCAGGGACUUGUGUCCAGGUGCGAUGGUCAGUACCAUGUCUUUAAUAAUGAGCUGGAGAAUCACUCUCAGGUCACCGAGCUGCUUAAGAAGAUCAGAACCAUAGUCCAGAAGAACGGAGGAAGCCACUACACCAAUGAAAUGUUCCAGAAGGCAGAAAGGGCAAUCGAAGAGGAGAAAGAACGCAUCCUGAAAGAGAAAGAAGAGCAAAUACGGAAAGAGAAAGAAGAACUGGAGAAGAAACUACGAGCAGAAUAUGAAGAAAAGAUUAAAAACAUUACUGAGAAACUCCAGGAUGAACGUGAUUAUGAAAAUAGGAAAGUAGAGAUGGAGAGAACAACAGAGUUGAAAAGAGACAAGGAGGGGACAAAGGGUGGGAAAAAGGAAAAGAAAGGGAAAGAGAGGUGA